CUGGUACACCGCCGACCCGGGAAGCUGACCAUGGAAGAGACGAAUCACAAGUCGAAUGUCGACUUGCUGAUCAGAGAAUACCAGGCGGUCGCACUCUCCCGAGCCCUCAUAUAUACACGUCCCUGCCCUCUGCCCUUGUCCUCCGUUCUCUCGUCUAAUCAUACAAGCGUCUCUACUGCUCGAGGCUUCUAGUGCCGGCACCCGGAGGUUCGCUCGUACUCGGCCCCGGCCCUGCGAGCACAUGCUCUUGCUUCUGAGUCUCACAUCUGCGAACGUUUCUGUGCGCUUCGAUUUCGCAAACGUCACAUCCUGCCAACCGGACGUUCUUGGGUCGCUCCCGCGCGUCCGUCGUGCGAUAUGGUUUACUUGCUUGCCCAGGCAGAAGCGAGCGUCCUCCGUCGUUCUCAUCACAUGUGACUUCGAUAUAAGCCCGUCUUCCCUCGUCGUCGGCCUCGGUUACCCCCUUCCCUCCCCCUCGCUCGUUGUUCCCUAUCGCUGUCCUUGCUAUGUACACCGCCCUCCUCCCAAUCGUCCUCUUCCUCACGCUCGUCCUUCAAACCGCGUCGCGACCCAUAGUCUACCAGUGCGUCCCCGUCGAAACGAGCGUCGACUACUUCGACCCGCGCCCCAAUGGCGGGGCGAUGCUCGACAACGCGGGCGACGGGUACGGCGAGCCACUCAACGUGAUCGUGUCGGGGAUGAGCUCGCCCGAGGUCCUGACGGAGGACGGGAUCGUAAACUUCGCGCGCGCGAUCGGGUUCUCGGAAGAGUGCUUCGGCCUGCACGCGGGCGCGCCGCAGACGGCGAACCUGGGCGACGGCAACGGCUGGGUGAACCAGACGAUCGAGCUGCGCCAGGACUACGACAACGCGGGCGUCGGGACGUGCUUGGAGACGCUCAUCGGCGGGAAUCACUUCAGGGUAUGGAAGCAGAAUGGCAGCUUGGCUGACAGCGGGGCACUCUUCCUUGCCGUCUCGAAGGAAGAGCCUUUGUUGGAACAUCAUACGAUCAUUCCCGAUGGGUACAACAUCGGCAGGGAUCUGCUCGUCCAGAACGCAGUCGGCCAGACGAGCUACAACGGGGUGACCUACAGCACCGUGGCGCGGAACAUCACGGGCCUCCUCGCGCCGGGUGCCGUUGGUGUCAAUCACAACAUCUCGACAGAUGGGAUCGUGACCCUGUUGACUGUCACUAUUCUAUGAUUAUGAUUGAUCGAAUCGGGCGACUAGGAUUUGGUGGAGCAUCCGCACGACCAUUCACGACACUUACGACUCUAACGAUGAUCGGUCUCGGUAUUUAUCGUAUUCUGUACGCCCCCGCGCUCUUUGUCAUUUGCAUUCGUUGCACGCAGAUUCGGGUGAAAUGCAAAAACAAUUGCAUUGUG